GGCUUCAUCGAGGGCCACUGCUGCUCCAACUGAGCGGGACUCGAGCCCACUUGUGUUUCAACCCUUUCCUGCUCCUCGCGGCGACUUGUGCAGCUAAAGGGACGCGCAGGUGCCGGCACGCACCGGCGGUGUUCCUGCUGGAGGUCUCUCCCGGGUCUUGUUUGGGCUAAAAUGUAGCGGCGGCGCGGAGUGUUGUGGUGCUCGCUCGCUCGCUCGCAUGGCGUGAAAAUGAGCGCGGCCGGCUGACACAGACCCCCACACCGCGGCUCCUCGCUACUAUCACCGGAGACACGGCGGCGGAGAGCGAUGGACCCCGCCGGACACAGCCACGCCAGGUAGCGUCGAAGCCCAGCCGAAGGGAGCCCGAGUUGCAGCGGCGAAGCGCCGCCGGAGCUGACGGAAGGAUGGACCUGAGCCAGAUCCGGAACCUCAUCAGCAGAUAUUGUGUGGGGGAGGACAACUGGGUGGACAGCCGGACGGUCUACAUCGGGCAUAAAGAACCCCCUCCGGGAGCUGAGGCCUACAUCCCUCAGCGUUACCCUGACAACCGCAUCGUCUCCUCAAAGUACACCUUCUGGAACUUUGUGCCCAAGAAUCUGUUUGAGCAGUUCAGAAGAAUCGCCAACUUCUACUUCCUGGUCAUAUUUCUGGUCCAGCUGAUCAUCGACACCCCCACCAGCCCGGUCACCAGCGGCCUGCCCCUCUUCUUUGUGAUCACUGUCACUGCCAUUAAACAGGGCUACGAGGACUGGCUCAGACACAAGGCUGACUGCUCCAUAAACGAGUGCCCGGUGGACGUGGUGCAGCAGGGGAAGGUGGUGAGGACACAGAGUCACAAGCUCCGGGUGGGGGACAUCGUGGUCGUGAAGGAGGACGAGACUUUCCCCUGUGACCUCAUCCUGCUCUCCUCCAGCCGCCAGGAUGGGACCUGCUACGUCACCACCACCAGCUUGGAUGGAGAGUCCAGCCACAAGACCUAUUAUGCUAUACCAGAUACCAUGGCCUUUAGGAUGGAGCAGGAGGUGGAUUCCCUACAUGCCACUAUUGAAUGUGAACAACCGCAGCCUGACCUCUACAAAUUUGUGGGACGCAUCAACAUUUACAAGGAGAGAGACGAGCCUGUGGCAAGACCUCUUGGAGCAGAAAACUUGCUGCUGAGAGGAGCGACACUGAAGAACACACAACAUAUUUAUGCUGUUGCAGUCUACACUGGCAUGGAGACCAAGAUGGCACUUAAUUACCAGUCCAAGUCUCAGAAGCGUUCAGCUGUGGAAAAGUCGAUGAAUGCGUUUCUGAUCGUGUACUUGUGCAUCCUGAUCAGCAAAGCCGUCAUCAACACUGUUUUGAAAUACGCGUGGCAGUGGUCCCCGGACAGAGACGAGCCCUGGUACAACAACAGGACGGAGAACGAGCGGCAGCGUCACUGGGUGAUCCGAGCGUUCACGGACUUCCUGGCCUUCACCGUCUUGUUCAACUACAUCAUCCCUGUGUCCAUGUACGUGACCGUGGAGAUGCAGAAGUUCCUCGGCUCUUAUUUCAUCACCUGGGAUGAGGAGAUGUUUGAUGAGGAGCUGGGAGAGGGAGCUCAGGUCAACACCUCUGACCUGAAUGAGGAGUUGGGACAGGUGGAGUACGUGUUCACUGAUAAGACUGGAACACUCACUGAGAACAACAUGGAGUUCAUUGAAUGCUGUGUCGAUGGGAAUGUUUACAUCCCGCACGCCAUCUGCAACGGCCAGAUCCUCAGCGCCGCCUCCAGUAUCGACAUGAUCGACUCCUCGCCUGGAGGAUAUCGAAGAGAAUACGAGGACCUGUUCUUCCGGGCGCUGUGUCUGUGUCACACUGUGCAGGUGAAGGAGGAGGAGACGGUGGACAGCAUCAAGAGGGGCAUCCACCAGGGGAGACCCACGUCCUUUUACAUCUCAUCCUCACCGGACGAGGUGGCGCUAGUGGAAGGGAUGAAGAGACUGGGUUACACGUACCUCAGGCUGAAAGACAACUACAUGGAGAUCCUCAACAAAGACGAUGAGAUCGAGAGGUUUGAGCUGCUUCAUGUACUGAACUUCGACUCUGUUCGGAGGAGAAUGAGCGUCAUUGUGAAGUCAAGCUCAGGAGACUACCUGCUCUUCUGUAAGGGGGCCGACUCCUCUAUAUUUCCCCUGGUGGUGUCAGGGAAGGUGGAGCAAGUGAAGGCUCGGGUGGAGCAGAACGCUGUAGAGGGACUACGCACCCUUUGUGUCGCCUACAAAAGGCUUUCCCUGUCUGCAUAUGAGGAGGCGUGUCAUCACCUGACUGAAGCCAAGCUGGCCCUGCAGGACAGGGAGCAGCGGCUGGCUCAGGCCUAUGACAUCAUCGAGAGGGACUUGGUGCUCCUGGGCGCCACAGCUGUGGAGGACAGGCUCCAGGAGAAGGCGGCGGACACCAUCGAGUCGCUGCACAAAGCCGGGAUGAAAGUCUGGGUCCUGACGGGGGACAAGAUGGAGACGGCGGCAGCCACGUGCUACGCCAGCAAGCUGUUCCGCCGCAGCACACAGAUCCUGGAGCUGACCAAGAAACGCACAGAGGAGCAGAGUUUGCAUGAUGUUCUGUUUGAGCUGAACAGAACUGUCCUGAGACAACGCUCCAUAUCCGGUCUGUCUGUAGACUGCCUGGACUUCGGCCUUAUUAUCGACGGAGCCACUCUCUCUGCGAUACUAAAACCCAAGCAGGACGUUGCUGGCCACGGAAACUACAAAGAGAUCUUCCUAGAAAUCUGCCGCAACUGCAGCGCAGUGCUGUGCUGUCGAAUGGCUCCGCUGCAGAAAGCUCAGAUUGUGAAGCUCAUCAAAGCCUCGAAGGAGCAUCCGAUCACGCUAGCUGUGGGGGAUGGUGCCAAUGACGUCAGCAUGAUACUGGAGGCACAUGUGGGGAUAGGCAUUAUGGGUAAAGAAGGCCGCCAGGCAGCGAGGAACAGCGACUACGCCAUCCCGAAGUUUAAACAUUUAAAGAAAAUGCUGCUGGUUCACGGUCAUUACUACUACAUCCGGAUCGCUGAGCUGGUUCAGUAUUUCUUCUACAAGAAUGUGUGCUUCAUCUUCCCUCAGUUCCUCUAUCAGUUCUUCUGUGGCUUCUCUCAGCAGCCGCUCUACGACACAGCUUAUUUGACGCUGUACAACAUCAGCUUCACCUCGCUGCCCAUCCUGCUCUACAGCCUGGUGGAGCAGCAUGUUACCAUGGAGACCCUCAAACGUGACCCCUCAUUGUACAGGGACAUUGCUAAAAACUCCCUGCUGCGCUGGCCCGUCUUCCUGUACUGGACCUGCCUGGGGGUGUUUGACGCCGUCAUCUUCUUCUUCGGUGCCUACUUCCUGUUCGACAACACCACCUUCACCAGCAACGGCCAGCUUAUGACCACCAACACACAGAUGAUGUUUGGCAACUGGACAUUUGGGACUCUUGUCUUCACUGUGUUGGUGUUCACCGUUACACUGAAGCUUGCCUUGGACACACACUACUGGACGUGGAUCAAUCACUUUGUCAUCUGGGGGUCUCUACUCUUCUACGUCAUCUUCUCCCUCCUCUGGGGAGGCAUCAUCUGGCCUUUCCUCAACUACCAGCGGAUGUACUACGUCUUCAUGCAGAUGCUGUCCAGCGGUCCGGCCUGGCUCAGCAUCAUCCUGCUCAUCACGGUCAGUUUGCUCCCUGAUGUCAUCAAGAAGGUCCUCUGCAGAGCCGUGUGUCCGACAGCAACAGAACGUGCACAGGAUCAGGAGAAGCUGGUUCGGGGCAUCAUGACCGAGAUGACCCCCCUGUCCUCUCGGAGAUCCUACAACGGCACCAGCGCCGACUCCUCCCACCUGCACCUGUCGGCGGUGGAAACGCUGUCGCUGCGCAGGUCCGAGCCACUUCCUCAAAAACUGCUGGCCCAUUUGGCUGAAGGGGGAGGGGCCGACCUGCGCCCCCUCAGCCCCUAUGUGCUGCGGCUGUCCGGGGCCGGGUUCGCCUACUACGCUCCGGGGCCGGAGACUUCGGUGUGAACAGGAACUGCGGUGUGUGUUUUGGACUUUUGCUCGAGGGUGAACCGGACGACCACACGCAGUUCACCUCAUGCUUUUCCUGGACUCCUCUGAGCUGACAGCCCUUUAGUUUCUGUCCUCCUGACUUCACCUUUGUGUUUCGGUGGAGUCCUUGGCGAACAGGAGGGGCACCUGGGAACAGUUCGGCAGGUUCUUGCCUCUUUCUUGGUUCAGCGUGAGUGUGUCUCUGUCCAGAACACGGUCUAGCCGAGUUAAGGGGAGCUGCGGAUGGUGCGUUCAUGUGCGCCAGGAUCUAAACUAACUGUAGCCUGAAACUCCAGCUCUGACUCUUCCCGGAAAGCACUUGAACGCACCAUGAGUUUAUCCCUUUAAUGUGUGCGUGCGGAUUGGUGGUGUGUGCGCCUGCAUGUCUCUGCCUGUGCUCUUCGUCUGUCUGUCCCACACCUUUGCCUUACAGGUACCACACAGCAACCAAAGGUGUCCGAGCAGAAGUGGUGUAUCACCAAGCCUUAGACUCACACCCCUCCCCUGAAAACCAGACCCAGGUCAGCGUUGAGAAGGAGGGACGGACCUCCGACCUGCCUUAAUUCUAACAAGCCUGUUGGCAGCACUCCAACCUGUAGAUGAGUCAGAGCCUGUUUUGGGGUUCAGCGUGUCCUUCGUCCGUCUUCGCUUCCCCCUCCCAGCGCAGUAGCAUGUCCUGUUUGUUUGCAUGUCAGUCUGUAGCCUCAGUCAUCCUUCACUCCAGCUCUUUAGUACUGUGAGUCCAGAGCAGCAGCUGACCUCAGAUCAGUGGUGGAGAUCCCCAGGAAGCAUGGAUCAGUACUUAUUUGCUUUAUAUUUCAAAGUUAGGUUCAACCGCAUAAACAAGAUAAGAUAUAUACUUUAUAUUUUUAGGAUAAAAAGAUCCUACAGGACUACAUGACAGAUAAAGCCUGUUGUUGCUCAUUAUUUUCCAUAUAUUUUUCUGUUAAUUUCCUUUUUUAUUUGCACUUCUCUCUUCAUGAAGUUAUUUGUCAAGGUUAUGUGAUUAAUUCCUUUCUUUUUUUUUUUUUUUUUUUGGAGUUGAAAGACCCAACCUUUCAUUAUCAUCCUAUUUCACACUAUGAAAUGUUUUAUUCAGAAUAUAUUUUGAUCAUUUUUUGUUUUUAUUAUUUAGACCUUUUUUAUUCAGCUGUGAUUCCUCACGGAAUCAGGAAGAGUGAGAGAAAAAGAAACAUUUUUCCAACGGAGAAAUACAUUUCACUUCAUUAUAUAUUUUUUAUAUGUUUCACAAUAUUUUUGUCUUAUAAAAUAAUAAUUUUCUAUUUAAAGAGCAACUCUCUCUGAUGUCACCACAGAACUAGAUUCACUAUUUUUUUAGUUUUUCAAAAUACAGUUCAACGCUAAUUUCGCCUUAAUAUUUUAGUUUAUUGAUUAAACUACAUCAUUUACUCAAUGGCGCUGUCCUAAUUAUGUAUUUCAUUUGGUUCAUACUUAAUAGAAAGCGCAGCCAGUAAAUGAUCCAUGCAUCGUGAAGCUUAGAGCUGAUGUCUCUGCUGCUCUGCUCUGCUCUGUCUGCUCUGUGUUCUGCUGGAUGAAUGCUCAAAUCUUUAGUCUGUGUUGCAUUUAUCAGAAUAUUUCGUCUUGUCCACGGCAGACACUGUUGAUCUGAGGAUGUCAUUUGAAGCAGGAUGUUGUCAGGAGGAGACUUGAAUAGGCGACAUCACAAUCAAGCAAUAGAAUGUCCAAGUGAUUUCUGUCCUCCAGCUGAAGAUUGUAGCUCGUCUUUACUGCAUCUUCUGAGAGUUUGUCCAAAGCAUAUCGGUCGCAGCGCAUGGUAGGAGAAGUCUUGAAUGUCAGAUGUUUUGUAUAUUUGUACAGUUGAACUAUACCACGGGCAGACGACGGCGUAUUGGGGCCGUCUCAGAUUCAUCAGAGCGACUUUCGACAAAUCUAAAAUCGACUUCUCAGCAAAAACAAAAGGUGUCAUUUUGAACUUUUCUGCUCUAGAUUCUCACUUUUCAAUGUUAAAAAAAAAAAAGUCUGUGUCAUGAACUUUGACCCCCCGAUGCGCCGUCGUGCCAAACCUUUCCUAAUUUAUUCACAUGGAUUUUGACUUUGGGGCUCAACCUUGUGACCUCCGAUUCAUCUGAAGAGACUCUGGUGCUUGUUAUGCAGCGUCCCGCCUCACUGUGCUGUUGCCAUUCUGCAUCCAGACACUGAAAGUCACACUCAAAUGAGGUUUUAUUUUUCAUGAUGGCUAUUUUUUCAGCGACAACAAAUCCUCCACAGGCUCUAUUUUCACUACAAUUUCUGUUGAUAUCCAUCUGUAUUUUUGUGAAUAUUUCUUUUGAUACUUUUGUAUCCCAGAGAGAAGAAUCUAUUUUAACUCUUGUUAGAAUGUGGGGUCAAAGUUUGUAACCAAAAGGAGAGACGGCGUAUAUCUAUAUCUGACAUGACAUAAAGAGGUCCUUAGAGAUUUAUAACAACACACACUGCACUUUGUUGGACGGCUCCGUUUACCCUGAAACAAGGUCUAUUGUCUGAUGUAGAUGUUCACUCUUCCUCACAGUUAUUUUUCUAAGAUUGUAGUGGGUGAGACAAAAAGUGACCAAAUAACAUGGAACAAUCUGUAUCUGAAGAAUCGCACCACCAGCCUUCCACUGCUGAUCAGAAUGUCAAACUGCUUUUCUACGUCCGCAGACGAGCUUGGCCAAGGCGUGAAGAGUCGACCUUCGGUGCAGCACUAUUUGUACUACUAAACCAGUUUUGACGACUUUGUUUGGGUGAAUAUUUCAAGAGUUUCAUUUGUUCUCUGCCAGCCUGUCUGUAGCAACCGAGGGUGGAAACACUGUAUUGUUCAUUCUGCUUGUAAUAAAACGACUGAAAAUAUA